AUGGCGCUGGCUACUAAUCUUCAACCGCUGGCUUAUGCCGUGGCCUACGUUACCUUCUUUCUGGGCACCACCUCGACCUUUCUGAGGUUUUACAGUCGUUACGUCGAUGAGAGUCUGAGGAAAUGGAGACGGGAUGACUACUUCGCUGUGGUGGUUUUCAUCUUCAGUGUCGCUCAGCAGGGUGUCUUGCACAUGUUCCUCUACUGGGGAUGCGGGCUACAUAUGGACGCUCUUAAUACCUUCCAACAACUGGAAAUUGUCAAGUGGCUCUUUGUCGAGGAGAUAGUCUACUACUCCGUACAUUGGGUUAUGAAAUCCGCCUUUCUCUUCUUUUACCUCCGGCUUGCGCGGGAGAGUGCCGAGUUUAGCUAUGCUGUCUACGCUGGCCUUGGUCUUAACACAAUCGUGUGGGGAUGCAACAUGCUUCUAGCUUGCAUCCAAUGCAUGCCCUUUGAUGAGAUCCUACACCCUGGCACCCAUCCCGAUGCCUACUGCAUGAACAAACUCAUCGUCCUCCUGGUGCCAUGUCUUUUGAACAUCGGCCUAGACAUGUACAUCCUCCUUCUCCCCAUCGCCAUGCUCUGGAACUGCCAAAUCAGCUUCCGCAAAAAGAUCGCCGUCCUCAGCGUCCUCACCUUCGGCAGCAUCUCCGUCAUCAUCGCCACCUUCCGCCUCAUUCCACUCCUCGAAUUGGGAUCUCAAUCUGACGAACCCAUUGACACAUCCUGGGUUCUCGGCAAAAUGAUCAUCAUCGCCGCCCUCGAAACGCAAUUCGCCAUUGUCGCCGUCAACCUCCCUUCUCUCAAGAAACUCUGCACCAACUUCACCGGAGAAGAGAGUCUCGUCGAGGAACCGCAGAACUUGAGGUGGAAAGCGAAGAAAUUGACGAGCCAAUGCAGCGACGACUCUGACGACGACGAAUUCUACGUCUCGGGUGGAAACGGACGCGGAUACCAUUGGCGCAAGAGCAAGGCUAGCUCGCAUACCAGUUUCCGGACAAGCAUCGCACCCAGUUUCGCUACGGAUGAGGAAUCGCUUCAGGCUAGUGUUGCUGUUGCGCUUCCGGUGCUGUGGGUCAAGUCGAAUGUUCAGACGGUGAGGGUGGGUAGGGGGCAUGUAAGCAGAGGGCAUGUGGUUAGGAGUCUGGUUAGAUGUAGUAUGGAGAGGGUUGAGGAUUGCUUCCCCAGGGGACACUUUUUGAGGACGUAUGGCAGGCCGGAGUCGAGGCGGCCAGAGAGUAGAUUGCCGACUUGUAUGGAAAUAUGA